UGCGAUCCGGUCUUGAGAAAUACCACACGGUAUAUAUAUUAGGUCUCUAGGGAAAUCGCUAAGUAGCGAAACAUAUCGAUUAAUAUAAAGCUAAAUGAAAGACAACCAAGAUUUUACCCACAAGUUCACAACUCUCUUCUUUCUUUGCAUUGAUUAUGAAAUUGAAUGUUCAGAAUUAUCAAACAACUUUCAAUUCCAAAAUCUUUAUUUUAAAUUUAACAAUAAUUAAUUUAUCCCUCAAUACAAUGCAACACCCCUGGUGCCACUUUGUAACCUCGUAGCUUCCAAGUUCUGAUUUUACGCUCAAACAUGAAAAAAGAAAAUUUAUCCGAUUAGAUUAGAAAUUAAAAAUAUUUUUGUUCUUCUCAAUACCAUUUGAUAAGAGGAGAUGUGAUCUAAAUCACAUAAAAUAUUUCAAUUUUACGUAAAAAUCUACUUUAUCUUCAUAAAGUAAAUUGUCUCUAUAUUUCACAUUAUCCUUUGGCAACUGCCACGCAAAAAAUUAACCCUGAAAUCUACAUUAUCUUAGAUCAGGCAGUUCCCAAAAUAAAUAGCUUCCUUAUUUUACAUUAGCUGUAGUAAAUUGCUUAAGAUGAAAAAAUUCGUUUCAAAAAAUAAUUGCUACAUAUUAUUUUGCAAUUCUCGACAAAAAGAUUCACAAGGCAAUUGCCAACAAUCGAACCCCACCAAAUGACAAUAGUACGUGACAGCUCGACAUCUUUACAAAAAAUGUCCUAUGGGCAAUUACAAUCCCUCAUAUCAUGUAUUAUACACGUAUAAAGUCGAGCAUCUGCUUUAAUCCGUUGUUUAGGUUUUAAUGUAAUGUUCAAAAUCAAAUUACAAUCUGGGCAUCAAUUAAUUAUAAUGAUAAUAACUCUGAUUAAUAGGAUUUCUCAAACUUAUUAAAGAUGUAUGAUUUCUGUAUGUAAUGAUACAAGAGAAGAAAACCUUCCUAAAUACCGAUAUCUAAAUCUCUGUAUCCACUGUGAAACUUUUUCUUUCUUAAUUCUCUCUUUUAAAUAUCCCUGCUGGAUUCCGACCAAUGAGAGUUCUCUGAUUUAUUGCGGACUAAAUUUCUAAAUUUCUCGGCUUCUGAUUGGCUGUUUAGUUUCUACAAUCAACACUCUAAUUGGUUACAUUUUACACUUUCCUGCAGCAUAUAACUGUAAGAUUAAAUAAAUCUUAAGAUUAAUAAAAAGAGGAGAUCAAGCAUUGAUCUUGAUAUCCACAAUUCUUAAGUUUUCUGCUAAUGUCUCUGUUUGUCCCAUUUGACAAUUGGAAAGGAACUGAUUUUUUGCCACAAACUAAUAACACUAUAUCUUUUCAACCUGAUGGAUUAUUAAACAAACUUUAUACUUCAAAUAUUAAAGGGCGAAAAGAUAUAGAAAUUAGAAAUUCAAAGUUUUUGCUGAGGCAGUUUCUUCCUCACUAAAGCUCUGCACGGUAAACCAGAGGUCCUGGUUAAAAGUCCAAUGAGUCUGAACUUUAAAACCCAUAUCCACCAAUUAAAUGUAGAUUUUUCGGAUUUUGAUUAUAAGUUUUUUUUGGACUUUAUAGUCUAAAUUUGUAGGUAAAUAGAAGCUCUUCAGGUAUUUUUGACAGAUUUUCAAUGAGAGAUCAGGAUGCACUUUAAUUUAGUUAGUUUUACGUGCCUGACAACAAUUAUAAUGUAAUUACAAAACAAUUGCCAUACUUAUGAGAUCUUCAUUAACAAGCAAAAUUGCCCACAUCAAACAUACGCUCUCCAUCUACGUAGAUAUUUUUCUCUUACGUCCCACACCAUUCAUCUAUCUAUCUUAAACCAUAUAAAAGAGGAGAAUUAUUAACUCUCAUUCAGUUUAUUUCAAGCAUCCUCCGCAUAAAGUUUAUUCUAAUAAAAGAAUAAAAAACAAACAAAAAAAACAAAAAAAACUUGAAUCUAAACAGAAUAUGAUUUGCACAGAUACAUACUCUAAGUUCUCUACGGUAAUCUACUCUUCUCAAGAAACAGUUAAAGAUGUCAACUGGGCAGAUUCUAAUGUCUCUAAAAUGAUGAGACUGGUCGACACUGAUGAAAGCCUGAAAGAAAUGGAAGGUUUAAUAAGAGAAUGCAUUGCGCUACUGAAGACUAUCAAAGAUCAGAAUGUCAAGUUCCUGAAAGAUGAGGUUUUUGAACCUCUAAACAAGGUUGAAAUAGGGUUGGAUCUUAUCAGACAACGUUUACUCACAUUUGCUUACUUCAAGCUGUCAGCUCAGGAGUUUACAGAGUUAGAGGAUGAAAGUAUGAAACCUGCAGAUCCAAGUGUUGAAUUCUUUGGUUUAGAGUGGUCUAGCGUGUUCUCUAGAUGCUAUGGAUUAGGGGUUGAAAUUAGGCUGCUAAAAGCUGGGAUGAAAGAGGACAGAUUCAGCCGUAGACAUCUAUCUGAGUGUCUAUCUUUGGUAAAUCAGCUGAUCGCGGAAACUCAAAUGCACGCUGCCGCACUCAACUCUGGAUGCUUACGCGCCAGCCAUCUUUCCCUCCAGCUAGAACAGCAGCAGUUGCACGCAAAAAUUGGUUGGACAAACAGUUACCAAAAAAAAAAUGACAACAGGAGCUCUGAAAACAAAACAAAAGUUGGCCGAGUUAGUUCUAAUAAACUUAAAUAUGAAAAAACUAGUGUAAAUAAAACCUAUUCUAAUGAGGCAAAGCAAGACCAGAAGUGUAAUACUGAUUCCAAACCGGUUUCUGACGAAGAAAAGCAAAAAUAUCAUAAAUCCUCACUGGUCAAGAGCGUUUCUAACAUUUUUAGGUCUUUACUUGAAUUAUAAUGUGUGCUUGAAUUGUAAAAAUAUUAAAUUAUGUAAGGCUCAAGCUGUUGCUUAUCAUAAAUAGUUUACCUACAUUGUAUAAUAAACACAUCUUCUGUAAUUAA